UAAUUUUGUCUUAUUUAACGUUUUGAUCACUGUUUCAUCAACUCGGAAGAACAUACUGCCACAGGAGUGAAAAGAAAAAGAAUAUUUUUGUGGUUUGAAAAAGUGUCCGAGUCAGAUGUUAUUGUGUCAAUGGGAAAACGUCUGGUGGAAGAAAGUCCCCGCUCAGUGAGAAGCUUCGCACGUCCCGUUUCGCAUCGCGAUUCGCGAACAAUAGAUAUCUUUUGAAAAUCUUCCAACCGCGGAUUCUAUUGAAAGAUUGCUGAUAUUUUGAGGUGUGUCUCAAGUUUGAUACACGUCUGACAAAACUCAAAAUAUACACACACACACGUCCCCAGUGACUUGGAUGACGAUAAGGCCGACCUAGGAUAUUGGAAAAGCUGGAAUUGUGUCAUAUUUGAGUGUCCACAAAUCCAAAAUGGGUAAUGGAUCAAGUAAACUGAGUACAGAAGAAAUAAAAGAGCUUCAAAAGGCAACUAAUUUUGACAAGAAGGAGCUACAAAAAUGGUAUAGAGAUUUCAUGAAAGAUUGCCCCAGCGGUGCACUGGGGGAAGAGGAAUUCCAGAAGAUAUACCAACAGUUCUUCCCCUUCGGGGACCCAUCCAAGUUAGCAGGAUUCGUUUUCAAUGUGUUUGACGCAAAUAAGGAUGGAACUAUUUCUUUCCAGGAAUUCAUUUGUGCGCUAUCAGUGACAUCAAGGGGGACGUUAGACGAGAAGUUAGAUUGGGCUUUUGAUUUAUAUGACUUAGAUAACGAUGGUUUCAUCACUAAAGAAGAGAUGCUACACAUAGUAGAAGCAAUAUACAAGAUGGUUGGCAAAAUGGUAGAUCUCCCCCCUGAUGAAGAUACACCAGAGAAGAGAGUGCAUAAGAUAUUCACACAAAUGGAUAGACACCGAGAUGGAAAGCUAACGAAGGAUGAGUUCAGGGAAGGAUCAAAGUGUGAUCCCUGGAUAGUCCAAGCACUCGGGUUGGAAAUACCCCAUGACAGCAACAGCGCCUCCUAGCAAUCCCAUGAUGACAUCAUCAUUUGAAUAAAUGAAAUAGAGCGUGUGACCUGCAAACCCAAAAGGACUUUUCUCCUUAGCACUUGACGUGUAUAACUCCCUUUUAUAAUGCUCAUAGUUAUUAAUAAAGAACGGAUGAUUUCAUUGACAUCAUCAUUGAUGAAGUGAAACUACAUAUGGUCAAUUCCAGCGUAACGGACAUGACAUUCAGACAAAUUUUUGUAAUUCAAAGGUUUAUACAGUAGAAUUAGCA